GACCAGAGUCGUGUAGUGUAGCAACAGACAACCGCUGUAAUCUGCAAAAGUGAUGGGAACUUUACACACUUUUGGAUCAGGUGUUGACCCCCUGAUUUAUCGGUGAUGGCAGGAAAGAAUCGAUUCUCUGCCUCUGACAGGUUUGAGUAUCUGCAGGGGCUGGUUACAGAGUUUCAGGACACCGACAGUGAUGAGGCUAAAGAGCAAGUGCUGGCAAACCUGGCCAACUUUGCCUACGAUCCAUCCAACAUGGAAGCCCUAAAAAUGCUUCAGGUCACAGAGCUCUUCCUGGACAUGCUGACAGAAGAAAAUGAGAACUUUGUAGAGUUUGGAAUUGGUGGCUUGUGUAACAUGAGUAUGGACCGGGAGUGUCGGGAUCAGAUCCUACAAAGCGGUGGUGUUCCGUUAGUGGUAGCCUGCUUGUCAACUAACCGAGACGAGACUGUUCUUUCUGCCAUCACGACAUUAAUGAACCUCACCACGGCCUCUUCGCGUUCUGAAACUACAGACAGCUCGGUGGUGCAGUGCAUGCUGCGUUUCUCUCUCACACAGAACCCACGUCUCAAGAACAUGGCUUCGGUCUUCCUGCAGGACUACUGCACUCAAGAACAAGUACACAAAGCCCAGGAGGCAAUGCAGGGACAGAGCCAAUCAGCUGUGGGCAUUCCACUUCCAAAAGACUGAAUAUAAUAUUGCAUUGUAUUGUUUAAUUUGUAAAGGUUUAAAUGCUAAAUUACGAGUAAAUUUAGCAUCAAGAGUUAAGAGUGCUGGUAUUGUUUGUCUAAGGUCAUUUAAGAUUAUUUGAAAAAUGAUACAUUAUACAUUUUUGUUAUUGAGAAAGCUACACAUUUCUUCAGACAUCAUCAAUGAGGUAUGAUUGAUUUAAAACUU